AACUGUGGCGGCCAUGUUGUGUCCGUGGGGGACUGGUGGAGUGCGUACGGAACAGAUUCUGGCUCCGCUCGGGAGUACACGGCGGGGUUCGCGGGCUUGAACUCGUCUGGGCGUAACAUCACACAUCGACAUGAGCCGUCCGUCCUCUGCCGGUGGCGCGGCUGGAGGACUCGGAGCCGUUAAAGUAGGAGGAAGUAAGCAUGGAGGCUCCGGAGGAACAACCGCCUCCGCUGCUGCAGCGGCUGUGGGGGUGCCCGGCUCUGUCUCGGUCACCGCGGCCGCUGUAGCCCUUCCAAUCACGGCCCUACCAGGACAAUCGGCCGAGCUGACAGCGCUGUUCGAGUGUCCGGUGUGUUUCGACUAUGUGCUGCCGCCGAUACUGCAAUGCCAGGCUGGGCAUCUGGUGUGUAACCAGUGUCGCCAGAAGCUCAGCUGUUGCCCGACCUGUCGAGGCCCUCUCACCCCGAGCAUACGGAACCUGGCGAUGGAGAAAGUUGCAUCCACAUUGCCGUUUCCGUGUAAGUAUGCCUCGGCCGGAUGCCUGCUUUCUCUCCACCACAGCGAGAAGCCGGAGCACGAAGAGGUGUGUGAGUUUCGCCCGUACACCUGCCCCUGCCCGGGGGCUUCCUGCAAAUGGCAGGGCUCUCUGGAGGCCGUCAUGCCACAUCUCAUGCACGCCCACAAAUCCAUUACCACAUUACAGGGGGAGGACAUUGUUUUUCUAGCCACGGACAUCAACCUGCCAGGGGCCGUGGACUGGGUCAUGAUGCAGUCGUGCUUCGGCCACCACUUUAUGCUGGUUUUAGAAAAGCAGGAAAAGUACGAAGGACACCAGCAGUUCUUUGCCAUCGUGCUGCUUAUUGGCACACGAAAGCAGGCGGAGAACUUUGCCUACCGCCUUGAGUUGAACGGCAACAGGAGGCGGCUCACGUGGGAGGCCACGCCACGCUCGAUACAUGACGGUGUGGCGGCCGCCAUCAUGAACAGUGACUGCCUCGUAUUCGAUACCUCUAUCGCCCACUUGUUUGCCGACAAUGGCAACCUGGGUAUCAACGUCACCAUCUCCAUGUGCUGAGGUGGUAUGUUAUCUCCUAUAAGAAUAGGACUGGACAACUGCUGCUCCCGAUCAAACAGAAGGGUCUGGAGAUAACGGGUGGGAGAUGUAUACAUUUGUGUACAUUUCUGUUCAAGACUCAUCCGCUCAAACAACGCACACUAAAGUUUCACUUGUAGGUUAGCAUGCUAGGUGCAUUGCAGGAGUUGUUAAGUUAUUGAGGAAUAAUGGGGGUGCUGGUGCAGUUCAGAUUUUCUCUUGUACGCUCCAUACACACCAAGACCUGAACCUUCAUAACCAUCUGAUCACACUCAAAGUGGAGACUAAAAUGUUCUCUGCCGUGCCCGAAACCAAAAGACUUUUUGGCCGGACGGCCCAGAUUCACAGAAAUCUGGAUCAUCUGAUCAGUCAGGCGUCAGUGAUGCGUAACUUGGGCAGAGUCUAAGUGCGUCUCAGAAGCACCUUACAAGUAUAAAAAUGCACUGCCCGCUUUGGUUUUCUAUCAAGAAUAUCAGUUGGAACCAUGACGGUUGUACAUUGCAAUGUAAGGGAGGUGAAUGUUUGUGAAAUAUCUUGAUAAAUGGUCUGCAUAGUGGAAAUAAAAUUUACUUGCAAAAAUGAUUGUAUAGCCACCAUUUUCAGAAUCUGACCUCUUUACCCAUCAUCUCUCUUAUUUACCCUUUUUUAAUAAACAUGUCUUUGCUAUCACAAGACAGAAAUCAGAUAGCAACUGGAGUGCUAGUCAAAUCAGGUUUUGAUCUAGUUAACAAACUAGACAACUUUUUUACCCAUCAUCUGCUCUAAUGCCACAUCUGAAAUAUGUUUUUCAAACUUGCUUUGUUUGUUUGUUUGUUCUGCAUUACUUUGCCUUUUAAGUGUACGAUAUCACCAGUGACUGCAUGUAAACAAUUAAUGUUUUGCAAUUGCAAACGAUCUUUGUCUUGUUCUGUCUGUUUACUUGCGUUCCUUAUAUUAGAAAUUAUUGAUGAGACUCAUUGUUAAUAUACCAGCAAAUUCAGUUUUGUUGAUAUAUGUUGUUAUUGUUGUGUCUCUUCAAAUACGAUUGUUUAGUCUAGACCAAACAUUUAUUUGAAUUACUUUAAAAAUCCAGCAAGAGAUUAUUUACUCACCCCAUUGGUCAAUGAACCCACAAUGCCUUACUUGUAUACAAACUCAGUCUUUUAAGGUCCGCCUUCUUCCAGGUCACAAACCUCCAGUGUCUUGAAAGGACUUGAAGGAGACUAAACAGAAAUUUACAAAGUGGCAUUUACGGUUUGGAAGGACAUACAAUGUUCACAGGUCAUCCUAUCUGGCCCAAAACCUGCUGUGGUUUUAGGUGCACUAAAAGUAUCCAGACCUUCUAAUCAUAUACCUCUAAUGUAUGUGCAAAAACAGCACUGAUAUCCCUGAAUGUGGGUGGUGGCAUGAAGAGAUCCCAUGUUUGACGCAAACCGCUUUUCUUUAUCUAUCUGCUAUUUUGAUGUUUUAUACACAAAGGAAAUGUUUUGUAGAUAAAUUUGUACAUGAAAUCGAUUUGGAGAAAAUGAUGUAAAUGUUAAAGGAAUAUUCCAUUUUCUUAAAAGAAAAAUCCAGAUAAUUUACUCACCACCAUGUCAUCCAAAAUGU